AUGGCGUUCCGAUGUGAAGAGGAUUACAUGUGGCUUCCAGCCUUUGGUGAGGAUGAGAAGAAUUGGCCCAACGGCUUGAGGAUUUUCCUCUAUGUCCUUGGGCUCUUUUAUUGCUUCUUAGGAGUGGCAGUGGUUUCAGAUGUCUUUAUGAAUGCCAUCGAAAGAAUCACGUCCCAGAAGAAGCGAGUUCGUCUCAAAUCCACCGGGAAGAUCGUCACCCAAACAGUGUGGAAUGACACCAUGGCUAACCUCACCCUGAUGGCUCUUGGCUCCAGCGCACCUGAAAUCCUUCUCAGUGUCAUUGAGAUCAUGAGCAACAACAUGUAUAUUGGAGACCUUGGCUCAGGGACCGUCGUGGGCAGUGCUGCAUUCAACCUCUUGGUCAUCAGUGCAGUUUGUGUAUGUGCGAUUCCUGAUGGAGAAGUUCGUUACAUCAAAGAUACCUAUGUCUAUGCUGUAACAGCAACCUUUUCAAUUCUCGCCUAUGUGUGGCUCCUGUUGAUCUUGAUGGUGAUUUCUCCAGAUGUCUGUGAAAUCUGGGAGGCGGUUGUGACGUUCCUUUUGUUUCCACUUCUCUUGGUUUUGGCCUUUGCAGCCGAUAAGGGCUAUUGCUCUAGCAAGGAAAAGGAGGAGACCGAUGAGAACUUCCAUGGAGCCAUCCCACCAGACGUCACCAAAGAGGAGCUUGCUGAGAUUGAGCAAGGGAUCCGUGAAGAGUAUAAUCACAAGAUCUCCGAUGACCAGCUGGUCAGGGUCAUACAGCAUAUGUACCAAGGAAAGCCAUCACGGGCAUUCUACCGACACGCUGCCAUGGAGGGGAUUGUGGGUGGCAAAAGGGCCGAUUUUGGUGGCCAUGCCCCACCCAACCUGGUCACCACUCCUCACACAGCUGAUGAGCUCAAGAUGUCUGGAAAGGUGGUGGAAAUCGGUUUCGCCACCGACCGCUAUGCAUUUCUCGAGUCUUGCUGUAUGGCCAAGGUGGUGUUGGUGCGUGCAGGUCCUCCAGAGCCUGAAGUGAGUGUCCAAGUGAAAUCAAGGGAGGGAACAGCCAAGGAGCACUCUGACUACAAGCCUGUGGAUGACAUUAUCACCUUUGCUCCAGGUGAGAUCGAGAAAGAGUAUUUUGUGGAAAUCAUUGAUGAUGCUGCGUACGAAGAAGACGAGGAGUUCUACCUCGAGCUUUCAGCUCCUUUGUGCAAGGACCCAUCGAGUGAUUUUAAGGUGCGAGUCCGCCAAUCCCUUGGCACCGUGACCAUGAUCAUUGUUGAUGAUGAUGAGCCCGGAAAGCUUCGAUUCCAGCAAGAGCAGGUCGAAGUGAAGGAGAGGGAGCACGAGACCACGUUACAGAUCGUUGUGGAGCGUUUCAACGGGGCUAUAGGACCCAUCGAGUGCCGCUACUAUACAGAGGAUAACUCGGCGAUUGCCGGUUAUGAUUAUGAGCAGGCCUCAGGACAACUCUACUUUGAUCAUACGGUACAGACGGCGACCAUUGACAUCACCAUUAAGCCGAAGGGCCGCUAUGAGAACACCUCCUCCUUCAACGUUUAUUUGGUGGAACCGUCUGGAGGAGCCACCUUCGACAAAUCCACCGAUGGCGGCGCCACCAGUUGCAUUUGCCAUGUGGUCAUCAAGGCAGCAGACGAGAGGAAAGCUGCUCUGGACCGCAUCGCGAGUCAAAUCAAUUGGAACAAGCAUGCAUUGGGAUUCUCCCAUUGGAAAGAACAGUUUCGAGAUGCCAUUUUCAUGUCAAAUGAUGACGAAGAGGAAGAAGAAGAGGAGGAUGGUGGCCCUUCGAAGAUAGGGAUUGUGAUGCACUUCAUCGGCAUGCCUUGGAAACUCCUUUUUGCCUUUAUUCCACCAGUCGACUACUGCAAUGGAUGGGUUUGCUUUUUCGUUGCACUUGGCAUGAUUGCCGCGUUGACAGCAGUGGUGGGGGACCUUGCGAAUUUGGUGGGUUGCACCUUGAACAUUGGGCCGGAGAUCACUGCAAUCACAUUUGUAGCUCUCGGCACCUCUUUGCCAGACACCUUUGCAUCGAAGACGGCAGCUGUCAUGGAUCCUUAUGCAGAUGCCUCGAUAGGGAAUGUCACGGGCAGCAACUCGGUGAAUGUCUUCCUUGGUUUGGGGAUGCCUUGGACCAUUGCAGCCAUCUAUUGGCAGUGCCAGGGUGAAGGCAGUACCCGCGAGGAGUGGCUCAGCAGAUUGGAUGUGGGCGGAAAAUAUUAUGCGAUCAGAGACUCUAUCACAAACUUUAAUGGCCUGCAAAAUGCAGUCUUCAUCACACCAGCAGGUUCUUUAUGGUUCAAUUUGUUGGUCUUCUCCAGCAAUGCGCUUUGUGCAAUCCUCUUGCUGUACGUUCGCCGGAGAAAAUUCGGCGGUGAGCUUGGAGGGCCAAGAAUUUGGCAGUACGCAAGCGCAGCAUUCUUAGUUUCACAGUGGCUGGUGUACAUUGGUGCAUCAUCUGCGUGGGUUUCACUCAAUCCUUGA